AUGUGCGGCAUUCUGGCUGUUCUCCAUGCCCGGGCUGAAGGUAAUGCCGUUGCUGCUGAAUUACAUGAAGCGCUUUAUCUACUCCAACACCGAGGGCAGGACGCUUGUGGGAUCUCGACCUGUGCCUCUGAGGGGAGAAUAUACCAAUGCAAAGGCAACGGUCUAGCUGCAAAGGUUUUCAGGGAUGGUGCCCGUGUGCAGGAUCUGCCUGGUUAUAUGGGUACAGCAGGUCAUGUCGUUGAUAUGCAAUUGCUGAGUACGCUUUCAGGUCUGGGACACUUGAGAUAUCCUACGGCUGGUACCAGUGCCAACGCAGAAGCUCAGCCCUUUUUCGUGAACUCGCCGUAUGGAAUAUGCUUUGCUCACAACGGCAACCUCAUCAACGCCCCCGAGCUGAAAGACUACCUUGACCGUGUAGCGCACAGGCACAUAAACACGGAUUCGGACAGCGAGUUGAUGUUGAACGUCUUAGCCAGCGAACUGAAUAUUACAGGCAAAGCUCGAGUCAAUUGUGAUGAUGUAUUCGCUGCCCUGGGACGCAUGUAUGGACAACAAUUGGUUCCAACUCACGUAAAAUCUAACGAUUUCAAAGGAUUUGGUAUUGUCGGCUUUCGAGAUGCAUGGGGUAUUCGCCCUCUAGUACUCGGGUCUCGGCCGUCUGCCUCGGGACAGGGAGAGGGCAAGGACUAUAUGAUGGCUUCAGAGUCAGUGGCCUUGCAACAAUGCGGCUUCAAGAGCUCGGACAUGCAGGAUAUUCUGCCGGGUCAAGCAGUCAUCAUACCAAAGGGCAAACCCCCCGUGUUUGCCACCGUUCAGACUCAGAAAGCGUACUGCCCUGUCAUGGACGGUAUUAGUGUCCAUUCCAGCAGAGAAAACAUGGGUUAUGCGCUCGCGGCCCGUAUCAAAAAGAUCUUGUCCCCAGAACAGCUCGCAGAAAUUCAGGUGGUGAUGCCGAUUCCAGAGACGAGUAACACAAUCGCGCCUUGUGUAGCUGAAGCCUUGAAGAAAACUUAUACCCAGGGUUUCAUCAAAUCUAGAUAUGUCUAUCGCACAUUUCUCAUGCCGGGUCAAAAAGCAAGAGAGCGAGGUGUUCGGCGAAAGUUGAGUCUGAUAACUCCUCAGUUCACGAAUAAGAACGUCCUUUUAGUGGAUGACUCCAUCGUUCGUGGGACAACGAGCAGAGAGAUAGUCUCUAUGGCGAGGGAAGCGGGAGCUAAAAAGAUCUUCUUCGCCAGUGCUGCUCCUCGAAUCAGAUACCCUCAUAUCUAUGGCGUGGAUCUUGCGAGUCCUUCGGAGCUCAUUUCUCAAGGGCGCACCGUCGAGGAAAUAGCCAAUCACAUCGGUGCAGAGGCUGUCGUCUUCCAGGAUUUAGAUGACUUGCAGAAUGCAUGCCGUCAGGCAGCAUCUGACAACAGAGAAAAGCAGGCUUUUGAGAUAGGAGUCUUCAACGGUCAUUACACAACACCAGUUCCUAGCGGUUAUUUUGAACACCUCGAGAGAGUUCGUGGCGAGACGAAAAAAAUGAAAGUGAUUGAAAGCGCGCGAGAAGCGGUGGCGAAAGGUUCAGCUGGCGAGACAGAAUUUCAGAUUGCUGCAAAUGGCGCCGAAGUCACAUUCGAUGGCAAUAUAGUUCCAUCAUAUUCUCCCGCUACGAAUGGUGUAGCUCACGGGGGAGGACAAGCUCUUCCGAAGACAAACGACAAGAGAAAGCGUUCAAUAGACGGAGGCGAAAGAGCUCCACGUCGUCGGCAAGACAUCUCGAUACACAAUCCGCCUGACUUCGAGGAUGAAUGA